UUAUUCAAGAACCCGAUUACAAACCCACCGCUCAUGAUCUCGUUAUUAAGUUCACCAACCAGCGUAUAUCACAACGGAUAGACAACGUCCGAGAAACCCGAGCCAUCCUCCUGCCAUCUGCAGCACUGGGAUCUUCAUAGCAACUACCACGCUGAUCAGCCACCUGGUCUCGACCACCGCCACUCAAGCCACACAACCAUUCGCCCACUCUCCCACAGGAAUUCAGGCUUCUACCAAGAGCACCAUGCCUCACAGCGUGAGAGAAACGUGUCAACCAGCUACUGAUGCUGACCGUCAAGGGGGUAAGGGAAAGGGUAAACGAUAAAGGGUGGAUUCUCGAGUCUUCGCCCUCGUGUCAAGAUCGGGGCUCCUGCUGGAUUUCUAUCGCCCCCUGGCAUUCUCCUUGCUGCCUGGACCGGCGAUUUGACGCAAACACAGGAAGCAGCAGCACGCACAUCAGGUAUCACCAAGCAACGGUCUCGGACAUUCACUGCAGCAGAUUGCGGGGAGGAAUCCGGCAAAUUUUAGUGGAGGACGUUACGGAUAAAGCGAGGAGUGGAGGAGGGGACAAAGGCUGUCAAGGCGGUCAAGGGGCGUUCAAUCGCGUUGCUUGUGGAACGAAGGGCGUACGAGGGCACGAAACUCUUUCUCUAUCUGGUGGAUUUUCCUCUUUUUUUUUUCCUAUUUACUCUCUUGCCGCCAUAACCCUGAGCUGCCAUGGCUGGCUUGCCUGUGCCAUGACGGGGCAGGCGUGGCAGGCAUGGCAGGCAUGGGAUGGCAGGCACGAGAAGCAUGGCGGUGGCAACAAACUUCGUAUGUGUACAACAACGGUGCGAGUUAUGUGUGACAUCCCGAAGGCUUUUCUCGGGAAGGGAGGCGAAGCUGAGAUGGGCUGACCGGGCCGAGAGAGGAUUUCGGACUUCGGAGUGUAUGAGCACUGGACUGAAGUUUCCUUGUCUGACUGAUACCCCCGGGCGGUUAUGAUGUUUUGUUUCUUUCGUUGGUUCUUUCUGGGGUAGCGUUGUUGUAAUGAAACAUUUUUCC